AUGAAUUCAUAUAUCUUUAAUAGAUCUCAAGGAUCUAUCCGUCCUUAUCAAUUUCAUGUUGCUCAAUGUACUCGUCUUGUCCAUGACCUCGCGCCUGCGCCAGGCAUCCGCUUCUCGUCAGACAAGCAAGGGACCACGGAUGCCGCUGAAGACAGACAUGCUUUAUACCCUCCUGAGUUGAGUUCUGAGGACGUCUGGGCGCAUAAAGCUGGAGUAAAUGUUUUGGCAAUAGACCACAUGAUCUCGGGCGGUGCAGAUACUUCUAUCCAUUUAUGGGAUUUAGAAGGUCGAGUGACGGAACUAAGCUUCCUUCAUAAACCUGUUGCUUCUGUCUCCAAACAAACGAAUGCUUCAACUCAUACGCAUGCAUUGACAUCUCUCUCACUAUAUCCAUUUGACCCAACUCCAUCAACAAUCCUAACCACGUCGCAUGACGCUACACUCAAGCUGUCCAGCCUGGGGGAGUCCGAUAUCACUCCCGUCCACACAUUCAACCUUCAUUCAACCCCCUAUUCUCAUUCAUUAUCAGCCCACCAGGCGUCUCAUUUGCUUAUUGCAGUUGGCACAUCGGAGAGUGCUGUACGAUUACUAGACCUACGUUCGGGAUUGUCAACCCAUGCUCUCCCUGCUCACACAGGGGCUGUGGUUUCCGUUGAAUGGGCGCCACAUAAUCCCCAUCUGAUCGCAUCGGCAUCAAAGGAUAACAGAGUUAUUAUUUUUGAUGUCCGGCGGGGAGGCCGCCAUGCAGCAAUUGCCUCCUUGGACAUGGAUGAUUCCAGUGGUGUCCUACCUCCUGGAGACCCCGGAAUCCUUCAAAGCAGGAAACCAUACAGUUCUAGUUCCCGUGCCCAUAACGGUACGGUAACUGGGGUUCGAUGGACAUCAAAUGGAAGCCAUAUAUUAAGCACCGGCCAAGAUUCACGUAUUCGUGUAUGGGACGCUUCAACCGGGGCCAACACGCUCGUUCAUUUCGGGCCUCGCAUCCGAAACAGCGCCUCCCUGCAUCUUGCUGAGCGAGCGCCACUUAUUCUCCCUGAAAAUAACAGCGCUAUGAUCCUUUCCCCAGGUCAUGAAGCGCUUCUCUGGCCGAAUUACAACGAUCAGGACGACCGGGGCGAAAUCUUCAUGUUUGAAAUUCGUGACGGUACAUUGAUCAAACACCUACGUGUACCAGGCUUAAUAUCUAGAGAAAAAUUACGAGGAAGGCCUACUGCCCUGAGCGCCGCGAGAAUUAAUGCCCUUGCCUGGCGGGGGAAUGGUGCUUCUGGGGAAGGGAUGGAACUAUAUUCAGCUCAUGGGGAUGGCACAAUUAGAACCUGGACUUCCCGAACACAGGAAGAUGAAGAGUUCGAGGCGGAAUCAAAUGAGAACGAACGAGAAGAAAAGAAGCGGAAAAGGAAUAUACUUGAUGAGGUGUAUCGGGGUCUAAUGCAACCCGGUAUCACUUUCACCUAG